UUGGCCUUCAUUGAGCGAUUGCCUUUCCUUGUAUCGUCCCAACACAUGUUUCAUGUCAUCAAACAAACAUAUGCAUAAAGAUAUCGAAAAUAUAGAGCGAAUUUCUGCGACUUUGUUUGUUGACUCGCCUCGUAUAAUAUAGAGCGAACUAUGCAUGAUAUAUGAUAUUUCAAAACCUCAACGGUUCUGCUUCAUGUAACUUGGUAGUUUCGUGCUGAACCUGUUGACGUUUGUCUGAACUCAGCAGAUCUGUUCUUGAAUGUAGAAACCGUUACUUUGCUGUGCAGUGUCAUCUUCCAAAAGUUCAAGAUUGUGGAAUGGUUAUUGUCAAAUCUUUGUCGUGCAGGUACAGUGAAUUGGGAUUUUAACAGGAAGUGGAUCUUGCAAUGGACGAUACCAGGAACCCAAGCGAGUAAGCUGACGACAUUCAGUACAUCGAUUGCUUAUCGAUCAAACUUCGCGAGACUGGUGACGCUGAUUGUACGGAAAACUGUGGUGAAUUUCCCGGUCGAAAACUAGGAAAACCUCCUUGCCGCAAUGAACUACUUCAACGCAAGCAUCGUUGGACUUUUCACCAUUCUUCUGACAUGGAUUUGUACCAGCGCAAACGAAGAUGAACCUAACGACCUUGGAAGAUCUUGCCGAAUGAAAACUGAUUGUCCAGAGUUUGGCUAUUGGUGUAAUGUAAAUCGUACUUGCCAAUGUUUGGGAUUGUAUAUCGCAAACAAAGAAGAAACAAGAUGUUUGGGAGGUGUGAGACAGAAAUGUAUGUACGAUGAUGAUUGCAUCAAAAAUGCUUUCUGUGAAAAUCAAACAAUGUGCAGAUGCAAAAAGAAAUAUCAUCAGUCAGAUGGAGGCCUGUCUUGUAUCAAAAAUUCUGCUAGCAGAAGCAUAUUCCCAGUUUUUCUCAUCCCAACACUCCUGAUUCUCCUCAGGAUAACUUGAUCGAGAUCGUUUUUCCAAAGUUGAUCGGAACCUGAAAGAAAAUUGUGUUACAGAGUUGUACUUAAACAUGUAAAUAUUUAAUUUUAAUCAAUACAUACAUUCACGUUACAUCAGAUGAAUCGCAGAUGUUUGUAUAAAAGCUCCAUUUCACAGUCUUCUUGGUUCCUGUUUCAAAGGGAACCGAAUUUUUCAAAUAUUAACGAUGAAAGACGUUGUGACCAUGUGGUCAAACUAGGCCAGUGGCGUGCCGAUUAAAGUUUUCGAAUGUAUAUUCGAAAUGUAAAUAUUUUCUGGAAUGGACAAGUAUUAAAGCUGUGAAUUUCUUUUCUAAUAUUUAGGUAGAGUUUAUACGAUUUCAUUGAACAACCACAAUUUUGGUUCAUUUCGAAUUUGGCAGGUUUAUUUUCGCAAGUACAACGAAAAUUUUAAAAUUGUAGUUGUUCCAUGAAUUUGUAUACUUUAUGCAACAAUGAAUUAUUAUGUAAUAUAUUUAUUGCUGUUAAUGGUAUGUAGAUUUUUGUAAAAAAAAAUGGUUUCAAUUAGAGUUCCAAUAAAAAAGCACUGCAAAUUUCUUA